AUGCAAAAAGGGACGACCUCCCCAGAGUUCUUUGGCUCGUUAAGCAGGAAACCGCCGACCUCGUUGGCAGAGCUGAUGAAGAGGGCGGAGAAAUACAUAAGGCAGGACGAUGCCUUAGUAACAAGCAGAUUCGCCAAAGAGGUGGCAGACAGGGGAAAAGCCCCAGAAGAAAGGAGGCCGGAAAGGCAGGAGAAAAAGCAAGGCAAGAGGCCUGAGCAGUACAGACAGCCUUGGGAUCGGCAGGACCAGAGACCGUUCCCUCCUCAGAUUCCAGAACAGAGACCACUCCCCCCGCAGGUUCCUGAGAACUUGACGCCACUCAACGCCUCUAGAGCCGAGUAUCAUCGUACCCACGGCCAUGACACCAACAACUGCUACCAGCUGAUCAGUGAGAUUGAGAGGCUGAUCAAAAGGGGUCACUUGCGGAACUUUGUGAAGAAGCCAGAGGGAGAAAGGCCUCAGCCGAACCCUACAGCAGAGAGACCCAGGAGGAUAGGAGCAGGGCCAGUGAACGAUGGUUCCAGUGGGACCAUCAACAUGAUUGUGGGAGGGACCGGAGGUCGGAUGAGCAGGAGAGGAAGAAAAAGAGGCCGAGAUGGGGAAGGUAGCAGUGCCGAGGUCAUGCAGAUAGUUGACCAUUCACCAAUGACCAUAUCCUUCUCUCCGGAGGAUGCCCAAGGCAUUCAAAUGCCUCAUGAUGACGCACUUGUCGUUGAGGCCGUCAUUCAUAACUACCGAGUUAAGAAGAUCUUGGUGGAUGACGGAAGUAAGGUGAAUCUAUUGCCAUAUAGAGUUUUCCAGCAAAUGAGAAUCCCUGAGGAACAGUUGGUUCGGGACCAAGCCCCAGUCAAAGGGAUCGAAGGAACCCCAGUACCUAUGGAGGGAAAGGUGAAGCUAGCCCUCACUCUCUGA